AGUGGCUUACAGAUUUAGUGCAAAGGUCGAAGCGAAGGCACACUCUCCGGUGAGAGACAAACGGCAUUUGAUAUCGCCCUAUAUACAAUAGAAUGCCUCAUUUCGAAAAUACAACCAUGGCUACCGCUGUUUCCAAGACUCCAUCUACCGUCCCUCCGACUCCGGAGGAGAUUUCGUCCCUUUUCAACACGAUCUUCACCGCAGAGACCUCCCAGCAAUCUCUUGAUGCCUCCUACGCCUUGACCAACUUGCUGAUUCAAAGUGUCGGCAGCCUCGGCUUUCAGAAAUAUGAUGUCUUGUCGCAUGUCAAGAAGGCGGCCAGCGAUAAGAAGAAUGGCGCCCUCCGUGAGAGUGCCAUGCUGAUUCUCGGCGCCCUGUUCGAACGUUUCCCUCGUGAACAUCCUCUGAGCGAAGUUGUAUUCCUCCUUCAAGAUGGCGGCGUUCUUAAUAUUGCCCUGGAUGCGUUGGCCGACAAAGGCGCAGUGGUUCGCGAUGCCGCUCAGUAUGCAAUCGAUGCCUUGUUUGCCUGUCUCAAGCCCGAAGCCAUGGCCAAUGGUCUCCUGCCUGCCCUGUCUGCUUAUCUCAGCCGCGGCACUGGUAAGUGGCAGGGCUUUGUCGGCGCAUACUCCCUGAUAGAGAAGAUGGCCGUCAAGGCGCAGAUGGGUAACGGAACUCUGGAGGAAGAACGUGAGAAGGAUAUACUGCGCGAGGCAAUGGGCAAGACUCUGAAAGACUUGAUUCCUCUGGUGGAGUCCGGCAUGCACGAUCUGAAGGCUGAAGUGGCUAAGCGGGCUUGCAAGGCCAUGAACGCGGUUACCACCCUCUUGUCCAACGAUGAUGUUGCCCCUCGUAUUCCUCUUUUGAUCAAGACCAUGGAGCAGCCGUCCGAGAAGACACUACAGGAUGCCAUCCAUGCCUUGUCGCAAACUACUUUCGUCGCUAUUGUUACCUCGCCCGUCCUGGCCUUGCUCACUCCUUUGCUCGAGCGCUCCUUGAACGCCCCAACAACGCCCCAAGAGACUUUGCGUCGCACUGUCGUGGUCGUGGAAAACUUGACAAAGCUCGUGCAUGAUCCCUCCGAGGCACGUACGUUCUUGCCCAAGCUCAUUCCCGGUGUACAGGCUGUCAAGGACCGUGCUUCCUUGCCGGAAGUCCGAGAGCUUGCCACCCGCGCAUUGAACGUAAUGGAGAAGGCCAUGAGCGACAGCAAUGUUCACGCUGGAUCUGUCACCAAGACCACUCCGGAUGAGGUUCUCGCCGUCUUGAAUGCCCAGAUCCAGGCCAACGGCGGCCUUGCUGUGCCCGAGGCGCAUACACUUUUCGAGCUCGGUAAGACGUACAUCGCAGAGAUGGUUCGUGAGGAUGUGAACUGCCGCAUGCACGACCGUAUCCCUGUCUGUGUCGCGCCCUACCUGCGUGGUUUGCUCCCGGAGGAUACACAUGAGGCUGUCGCCUCCGCUCUCCAGGCACAUUUUAUCGAGGAAGAUCACCGCAAGUUUGGUAAGCCCGAACCCGACGAUCCCAAUGAGGUCGAGAUUGUCAACGCCAACUUCUCCCUUGCCUACGGUGGAAUGCUUCUUCUCAACCACACCAACCUCCGUUUGCUGAAAGGUCACCGUUAUGGUCUUUGUGGUCGCAAUGGAGCUGGCAAGUCCACUCUCAUGCGCAGUAUCGCCAACGAAAAGCUGGAGGGCUUCCCCCCGCAGGAUGUUGUUCGAACCUGCUUUGUGGAGCAUAACCAGGGUGAGGAUGCUGACCUGAGCAUCAUCGAAUACGUCUCCAAGGAUCCCAAGAUCGCGGAGGCUGGCCAAGAGCAUAUCAGCCAGGUGCUUCUCGAAUUCGGCUUCACGGAUGGCCCAGAGGGCCGCCAGUCGCAGCGUGUUGGGUCGCUGUCGGGUGGUUGGAAGAUGAAGCUUGCGUUGGCCCGUGCCAUGCUCAUGAAGGCGGAUGUUCUACUCCUGGACGAACCCACUAACCACUUGGACGUUGCCAAUGUGAAGUGGUUGCAAGAAUACCUCAAGAAGCACACUGAUAUCACCAGUUUGAUUGUCAGUCACGACUCCGGAUUCUUGGACGAAGUCUGCACGGAUAUUUACCACUACGAAAGCAAGAAGCUGGUCUGCUACAAGGGUAAUCUGGCUGCUUUCGUCAAGCAGAAGCCCGAGGCAAAGAGCUACUACACUUUGUCCGCCAGCGCUGUUCAGUUCAAGUUCCCUCCCCCUGGUAUUCUGUCCGGUAUCAAGUCCCAGACCCGUGCCAUCCUCCGGAUGACCAACUGUUCCUACACCUAUCCCGGUGCCUCCAAGCCAUCCCUGACCGACGCAUCGCUCACCCUGACGCUGUCGUCCCGUGUGGCUAUCAUCGGAGGAAAUGGUGCUGGUAAAUCUACUUUCAUCAAGAUGCUCACAGGAGAGACAAUUCCCCAAACCGGCAAAGUUGAGAAACACCCCAACCUUCGUAUCGGUUAUAUCAAGCAGCACGCUCUCGAGCACGUGGAGAUGCAUCUGGAGAAGACCCCUAGCCAGUACCUCCAGUGGCGUUAUGCCAACGGUGACGACCGCGAAGUCUACUUGAAGCAGACCCGUGUUCUCACCGAAGAGGAUAAGGCUCAGCUGGAGAAGCCGGUCGACCUCAAGGAUGGCAGGGGUCCCCGUCGCAUCGAGGCCCUUAUGGGUCGGCAAAAGUGGAAGAAGUCGUUCCAGUACGAAGUUAAAUGGAUUGGUCUCCUUCCCAAGCACAACACCAUGAUUUCUCGUGAGACCCUGCUUGAACUUGGAUUCUUCAAGCUGGUUCAGGAAUUUGAUGAUCACGAGGCUUCUCGCGAAGGUCUUGGGUUCAGAAACUUGGAACCUCCUGAGAUCUCGAAGCACUUCGAGGAUGUUGGCUUGGAUCCUGAGAUCGCCAAUCACAACCAAAUCUCUGGUCUCUCUGGUGGUCAAAAGGUCAAGGUUGUGUUGGCCGGAGCCAUGUGGAACAACCCCCACUUGCUCGUGCUGGACGAACCCACUAACUUCUUGGACCGUGACUCUUUGGGUGGUUUGGCUGUGGCCAUCCGUGACUUCAAGGGUGGUGUGGUCAUGAUUUCUCACAACGAGGAGUUUGUGGGCGCGCUCUGCCCCGAGCAGCUUCAUGUCGCUGAUGGACGCAUUGUUGCCCGUACCAACACGGGCGUGUCGCUCGAUCGGUUUGAAGACAGUGCGGCCAAUUCUCCCCAGGCCGGCACCGCCGUCAACUCCACCGCCACCAGCGCGGCCGCUUCUGCUGCUGCUUCGGCCGUGAACUCUGGCGCUGAAGAACAGGGCGAACUCAAGUUCAAGGCGAGGAAGAAGAAGAAGAUGACCCGUGCCCAGCUGAAAGAACGGGAGACUCGUCGUCGUCUCCGCCAUCUUGAGUGGCUCAAUAGCCCUAAGGGUACCCCCAAGCCUCCGGAUACUGACGACGAGGCUUAGUAAAUAUUUUAUGUUUAUACUUAUUUUCUGGACUCUGUUUGCUGCAUGAGCAGCAUGACGAUUUGCCUGUUUUGGUCAUUACGAUAGACGGCUCGGCGUUUGUUUUUGUUCUUGCUCGAUAUAUUCCGGCGGUUUGCUUUUCAUAGAUGACGAACUAUCCUACUUAGAAAAGUCAGAGAUCUUUUCAGCAAUCGACAUAAUCGCACCGUGGUCUAUGUCUAUGUACUCUAUAUGUGGGAAAUCCUAGCUUUUCCCACGUUUUUUUUGGUAACGCGAAGCAUUGCCGUUUGCCCAACUCUCGGCUGUAGUCACUAUACUUAUAUCGCACUGAUUUAUUGAGGACACUGAACUAUAGACCCUGGAAGAUUUAUUGAGAUCGUACUAAAAUAUUGACAUUGUUUGACGUGAACCAGUGUAAGUUUACUACAGGUUGAUGGUCCAAAUACAGAGUUAGGGCAAACACGACGGAAUGCCUAGCCUCACCCAUGUACGUCUUUGACGCUCCAGCGAGUUUUCAAG